AGUUUGGUAUCAUAGAAUCGCGAAUCUCGUUUAUGCGAGUCUCAUUUUUGUGCCCGUAACAUGUGACUUAUUUAUAAAGGUCAUUAUUUGACCUUCGUUUUUACAUUCUCAUUUUCAAGUGUUUGAUACUUAUUUUUAUGAGUUAACAGUCUGAGUUUCAUUUUGUAAUAAUCUGAUUUUUAUAAGGGUUACAACUUAAGUUUUUUGAGUUUUAUUUUCUAAAACUUGAAUCCUAUUUUUUUAUUUGGUGUUAUCACCCGGUCACCCUUAUGGCUAAUCCGGAUUUGGGGCGAGUUCCGGGUGAAUAGGUUCCAGUUCCAUCUCAAUUGUUGUUGCGGGGAUCAAACACGCAGUCUGUCCUAUCAAGUUCAACCCCAAUCACCAAUGAACCAACAAGCAAUUGGUUGGAAUUCUGUCACCAGAAACUCAUUUUAUGAGUGCCAGUUUUGAACAAGCGAAUCUCAUUUUCAAAAGAUCCUUAACUUGCAAAUUGUAUAGCUAUACGGCUUAUACGCAUUAUAGUAUGAUACCUAACCCCUUGUCCUGUCUCCUCCCUCGCAGAUCGAUCCCACGUUAACUUUCUUUUUAAAUACUAAAUAAUUAAUCUAAAGACUAAUAAGUCUUCUAUUAGCAUUUUGUUAAUGACGACAAAGGUCCCAUUAUAAUAUUCCAUCACUACUUUAACUAAAAUGAUCAUAUAGUUAGGCUGCAGCUUGAUCACUACUAGCUCAGUACUCAGUAGGCAGUAGCUGAGUGGAGUUAUGCUAAAUCAGAUACACUUAUACUGCCAAAAGUAGCAAAGUUCAUCCAAGAAGAUGAUUGCUGGAGACCCGAUUGCGUCUGCAGGUAAAGCACUUCGGAGACAUCACGACAAUGGCCAACCUUCUGUUACUAAUGAUGCGGUCACUCUUUCCAUUCCUCCACAACUUAAUGAAACAAGAGAUGAUUUCUUGAGACAUGGAGUGCCUCUCUACCAAGCUGCUCUUGAAGGUGACUGGGAAACUGCAGACAAGAUAUUUAAGGAUGUUCCUAACUGGGUAACAGCACCAAUCACAAAGAGAAACGACACAACUCUUCACGUUGCAGUAGCAGCCAUGGACCUUGAAUUUGUAACAAACCUGGUGAACCUAAUGGUUACAGUAGGUGAUCGUCUAGAAUCAAAAACCACCCUUGGAAAUACGGCCUUUUGCAUUGCAGCAUCAUCCGGAAAUGUGGAUAUUGCAAAAGUAAUGGUGGAGAAAAAUAUAGCACUUCCAGAUAUUAAAGGCAGUAAAAAUAUGACACCUCUUCAUAUGGCUAUCCUGCUUGGCCACAGAGAUAUGGUAAACUACCUCAUCAAUGUAACAAAUGAUAACCUGUUGAAAGAUCAUGAUCGCAUAGAGUUGCUUACCAGCGCCAUAGAGGCUCAUCUUUAUGAUGUAGCGCUUCAUUUUAUAGACAAGCAUCCCAAUUUGGCUCUUCAUCGGAAUUUGAAUGAUGAGACUGUGCUGCACACCCUUGCCCAAAGGCAUUUACAGAACCAUACUAGCAAGCAAAGCAUAUGGGACAGAUUAAUGAUACGAUGCACUAACAAAGGAAAGGAUCAAGGAGAGCAGCAGCUGGAACUUGCACUUCAAGUGACUCAGAAAGCUUGGAAUGAAGUCAUCAAACAAGAUGAAACUCAGAUUUCAGAACUGAUUGGAUAUCCAUCACGACUGUUGUUUGUUGCCGCAGAAAUGGGGAAUGUUGAGUUCCUAAUCACACUAAUCCUUUCAUAUCCUGAUGUGAUAUGGAAAGUUGAUGAAAAAAAUAGAAGUAUAUUUCAUAUUGCUAUUGAAUGUCGACAUGAGGAGAUUUUCAAGCUCAUACACGAGGUUGGAGCCAUCAAAGAUUUGAUUGCUUCUUACACAGAUAAGGAACAAAAUAACAUGCUGCAUUUAGCUGCAAAGAUUGCGCCUCCUGAUAGACUCAAUUGUGUUUCUGGCGCAGCUUUACAAAUGCAACGAGAGCUCUUAUGGUUUGAGGCUGUGAAAGAUGUAGUCCAACCCCAUUAUGCUGUGGCUAAAAAUAUAUCAAAAGAGACCCCUCAAAAUGCAAGAGAAUCUGGAAAGACACCCCACGCUUUAUUCACAGAAGAGCACAAGGACUUACGAUUACAAGGGGAGGAAUGGAUGAAGAAAACAGCAGAAUCAUGUACUUUAGUGGCUACACUCAUUACAACCGUAGUUUUCACAGCAGCUUUUACCUUACCUGGUGGUAACGAUGACAAGACUGGCUCUCCAAUUCUACUAAAGAAACUUUCUUUCAAGGUGUUUGCAAUAUCUAAUGCAGUUUCAUUGUUUGCUUCUGCAACUUCCAUAUUAAUGUUUCUGUCAAUACUGACAUCACGAUAUGCAGAAACAGACUUUCUUAAGGUACUGCCUUUCAAACUCAUGGUUGGCUUAACUUCUUUAUUUGUCUCCAUUGCGAGUAUGAUGGUUGCUUUCACUGCUACAUUCUUCAUCACCUUUGAACUAGAUUCAAUAUGGAUUCCAGGACCUAUUGCUCUACUAGCAGCUAUCCCAGUUUUGCUAUUUGGUUUCCAACAAUUUCCUCUUCUGUGGGAUAUAUAUUGUUCAACAUAUCGAUCUUGGACUUUGUUUCGUCCAAGUGAUAAACAAAAGCUUUGCUGGAAAACUAAAAGGCCAAAAAGAAAAUUGAGUUAGAAGGAAGUAUCAUGUUAUUUCACUGGGAGAAGAGUGUAUAAUAACUGUAUUGUGUCUUUUCCUGCCACUUCUUUGAAUUUUCGUUUAGAAUCUCUGUAAUUGCUGUCCUUUUUGUAAACAAGAUAGGGAUACUCUGCUUUAUUACUCUUGUCCGUUCCAAGAACAGCAUUUGCAAAUUGAUUCUUUACAAA